ACACACAAUACUGAGGAGAAAUGUGUAAGCGGAGACACUGAGAGAAAAGCAUAAGGAGACCUGCUCUGCUGGAGAUGUGCACCCAACGCAGCACAGCUGACGUCGCGUGGAUCACCCUCUACCUCGGUCAACACCCUAUUGCAGAGAACAAGGCCAGGCUCCGGUUAACGUCUAAACACACGGGGACCUCAGACAUCUCUAGCUCCACGGACUCAGGCCCAAGUGGAAGUCUGUUACCUAGGCAACCCGGCCAGUGAAAGAAAAACGUUUCCAUCACAGUUAAUAAAGCUCAGCGUCUAAAUGGUUGAAGCCGUAUUUGUGCAGUGGCUGCACAAAGCAGACCCAGAGGAAGAGCUGAGCCAAAGGUUAUUACAUUCACAGCAGAAGAAACACCUCGAACAUCGCACCCACCUCAGCAGUCGCGACAUACACGAAACUCAAGGCGAGCUCUCCGAGACCAAGCGAAAGAGUUCGCAAUCGAAACAGAGGAGCUCAUCUGAACACACGUUAAAAGCAAUCCAAAGGUCGGACAAAAGAGAGUGCCACAGUCCAUCAUGCAGGACGGCGCAGUGGCCGACACGUCCGCUGUGGACGUCCGAGCUGGAGGAGGCAGGAGGGAGCAGGGCUCGGAGCGCCACGUGUCCUCCGGCUCUUUCUCCUCUUCCAGCUCCUAUGCCGUCAGCUCCUCGUUCCUGCGCAAGGCCUCCCACAGCUCCAGGGUGCUCGAGGAGCACUCUGGAGUGCAGCGGAAGUCUUCAGCCAUCAUGGAGACAUUCAGUCAGAUGCAGAAGAGCCUUGCGAUCCCUCCAGGAGAGUGUGCUCCAGAAUUUGAGGAGAGAUCUCGGCCUGUAACAGCUCAAGAAGGGAGCAAAGCUGUUUUCAGAGUGAAAGUGUCUGGCAACCCAAGUCCAAGUCUGACGUGGUCCAGAGAGAGUGGAAAACCACUGGCAGAGGGGGCCAGGGCUUUCUAUGAUGACAUAAACAAGCAGUACACGUUAAAGAUCAAAAGCCUUAGCAUGGAGGACGCAGACUUAUACAAGUGCACUGCAGCUAACGACCACGGCGCUGCGGUGUUCUCGGUCUCUCUCAGUGUUACUGAAAAUCCUGCACUGGACUUCAAGAAAAAGCUGAAAAAACGGAGUGUGGAGAAGAGAGAGAAGAAGCCACCAACCGAAGAGGAGAUGCUGAAGAUUCUGUCUGGAGCCGAUAAAAAGGACUACGAGCGCAUCUGUGCCGAAUAUGGUUUCACCGACUUCAGAGGAAUCCUCAGGAAACUCAAGGAAAUGAAGAAGAAAGUGGAUGUGGAUAUGGUUAAAGUUUUGAAACCCCUGGAGGACAUAACUGCGAAGGCAGACUGCAAUGUAGUCUUUGACACUAUUUUGGAAUUGAAAGAUCCAAAUAUAAAGAUGUUUUGGUUUCAGGGCGAUGAAUUGCUGCGGAUCCAGUACUCUCUGGGGAAGUAUGAAGUCAAACAGCUGGGUACUAAGCACAUGCUGUGCAUUUCCAGCGUGUGUGUGGCAGACUCUGGCCCAUACACUCUGAAGGUCGGAGACAAGAUUCUGUCUGCCAGGCUCACUGUCAUAGACGAGCCUUUGAAGUUCCUGACAGGCCCGAAGCCGCUGAGAGUGACAGAGAGGCAGACAGCGGCGUUUGAGGUGCGUCUCUCUAAAAAGGCCAGCACCCCUCCGGUGUGGAUGUUUAAAGGGAAAGAGCUGAAACGAGAUGAGAAGCUCGACAUCUGCGUAAGCGAGGACGGCCUCACCUACACGCUAAAGAUCAAAGACGUACGUCCCAGUGACACAGGCGACUAUACCAUCAGCAUCGGAGAUUUGACCACUACAGCCCCGCUCUGCAUUGAGCGGAUCCCCAUCAAGUUUAUGAGCCAUCUGAAGAACGUACGCGUGAAAGAGAAGGCCAAGGCCAGGCUAGAGGCCGAGAUGAGCUCGAAGGACGCUCACAUCAGGUGGCUGAAGAACGGCAGGGACGUCACCAACGACCCACGCUACAUCUUCGCGCGCGAGGGCAAGAGGGCAGAGCUCGUCGUAGAGGAGUGUGACCUGGCUGACAGCGGAGAAUAUGCCAUAGUCUGCACCCAGGAUAAUGAUGCCCACGAGUACAUCAGUUCCUCCAACCUGACGGUGGAAGAGCGGUUUGCUACUGUGACGAGUGGCAUGUCCGAUGUACAGUGUCCCACUGGUUCAGCCACAGAGCUCUGCGUGGUCCUCAAUGACGAGAAGGUGGAUGGCGUCUGGCUAAAAGAUGGAACAGAGGUAACACGUCUGAGUGGGGUGCAGGUGGUGAAGCAGGGUGCCGUUCAUAAGCUGGUCUUCAGCAGCGUGGCUGAGGAACACGAGGGCAGAUACUCCUUCAGAGCCAAAGGAGCCGAGAGUGAAGCAGCGCUCACGUUAGCUGAUCCCCCGGUUAUUGAACCCACCCUGCUGGAAGCGCUGUCCAGCCAGCCAGUGACUGUGAAAGCUGGGGAGACCGCCACCAUCAGGAUCCCCUUCAGGGGCAAACCAGCGCCCAGGGCGGCGUGGCACCGGGACGGGCUGGAGCUGGUGGAGGACGGGCGGACCGUGGUGGAGCACCGGGGCGGUUGCAGCACCCUGGUGCUCAGCAGGUGUGUGCGGGAGGACAGUGGCCACAUCACGCUGAGGCUGAAGAGCGACUGCGGCUCAGCAAGUGCCACCGUGCAGCUGAAAGUGAUCGACCGUCCGAAAGCCCCGCAGGGUAAAGUGGAGUUUCCAGAGUGCAGCGGCAAGUCCAUCAGCAUGAAAUGGAAAGCUCCGCGGGACAACGGGGGCCGCAAGGUGACCGGCUUCAUCAUCGAGAGACGCCUGGCUGGAAAGAAGGCCUGGAUCAAGGUCGGGGAGGUGGACGGAGACACCACUGCUUUCUGUAACGAUAAGGUGGAGGAGGGGAAACCGUACCAGUACCGCAUCAGGGCUGUGAACUCCCAGGGCACGAGCGACCCUCUGGAGACGGAGCAGGUUUACGCUGGAGAACCUGUUGAGCCUCCAGGUGUGCUUCCUCAGCCCCAGAUUACAGAUGUGACGAAAGAUGCAGUCUCACUGACGUGGGCUCCCCCCGCCCAGACUGGGGGUGCUCCUGUUCUGGGAUACAUAGUGGAGCGCAGAAAGAAAGGAAGCAGCAUGUGGGUUUGUGUCAGUAAGGAUCUAAUCCCAGACACAGCAUGUGCAGUAAAUGGUCUGGUAGAGGAUAUGGAGUAUGAGUUCAGGGUGACCGCUGUCAACAGAGUGGGAGAAGGAAUUCCCAGUUCUGCAUCCAGCUCAGUACUGGCCAAAGAUCCAACACGAGCACCUGGUCUGGUUCGCAACCUCUGUGUAACAGAUUCCUCCAACACCUCCAUCUCAUUGGCGUGGUCCCCUCCCGAGCUAGGGGAUCGCCCAUCUGGCUACAUCCUGGAGGUGCGUCCCGAAGACGCAAAAGAAUGGACCAAGUGCACCAAGAUUCCCAUCGCCGGGACGUCCUACAGUGUUGGUGGCCUGCAAGAGCGGAUGAAGUACUUCUUCCGUAUCAGGGCUGUUAACGAGGGGGGCAUCGGAGAACCGAUACAGCUGGAGGACGGGGUUCUGUCUAUGCCGACACCAGAAAUCCCUAGGUUUGAUCUUCAGGGCAAGGUGAAGAAUCAAAUGGUCGUGCAUGCAGGGUGUACACUCUGCAUUCCUGUCUCCUUCACCGGCUCUCCGGCUCCAGAGGUGACCUGGCUGAAGGAUACCAUUCCAACUAGAGGUCGAGAGGUCAUCACUAAGGGGAAGAACCAUUCUCAGUUCUUGAUCAGCUCUUGCCAACGAUCCGAUUCUGGACCUUACCGUGUCAACCUCCGCAAUGACUAUGGGGAGGUCCACUAUGACAUCAAUGUCCACGUCACUGAUGUUCCUCGUCCUCCAACCAACCUGCGCUUGGUUGAGGAGGUCCAAGGCACUGUGACCCUGCAGUGGAACCACACCCCUGACCUGGCUGGCCACGAGGACACCCAUUACAUCAUCCUCAAAAGAGACAUGAGCACACCCACCUGGUUCACGGCCUCCGAGCGCAUUUACAGCAGCAAGUACACUGUCAUCGGCCUGUUCCCGGGCCGCAAGUACUACUUCCGGAUCAUUGCCCGCAAUCUCAUUGGAGACAGUGACCCCUUGGACUCAAAAGAGCCUUUCACUAUUGAAAAGGAGCAUGAAGGCUUCACCCUGCAUGUGAAGCAGUUCCCGCCGGCGCAGCGUGACAUCAAGCCGGCCAUCGUUUUGCCCCUGAAGGACCACGCUGUGCACCGUGGCAACGACUGCACAAUGAGCUGUGCCUUCCUGGGCCGCCCUGUGCCGCAGGCGGCCUGGUACAAGGAUGGCGCCAGCCUGUCGGGCAGCCCCCACUGCUGGCAGAGCAGCGCCGGCGGAGUGUGCACCCUCACCAUCCCCACCUGCACGGCCAAGGACAGCGGCGCCUACACGCUGCGGGUGGAGAACAAUCUGGGCCAGGCCGAGUGCGCUUGCAGCCUGCUCGUGUUCGAUAAAGAUGAUAAACUGCUGGAGAAGCUGAUUCAGGAUUCUAGAAAAGAUAAACACAUCAUGUUAUCACCACAAGGUUUUGAGGUUUAGGAACUUUUGGCAAGCUCAGUGGAACAUUGGCAAGAGACUGCAGUUGGGGUCAAUAAAGCUAAUUUGGCACUGCAGGCUGAGUGACAUAACAGGAAAUGCAUCCACCCCCCUUGAACUUAGAAACAUACUAAAAUCGAACUCUGUAGAACACUUGGAUGCCCUGUACUGCCAAAUGGUAAAGUACCAAAACAUUAUUAACAUGUUUAAAUAGCAUCCAUCUAUCUGACUAGCCUCAAGAUAAAAUUGUUCUAGCCACAAGAUAAAAUAAAAACUGUAUUUUAAACUGUUUUCUGAAUUUGAAUAGGGCCUAAAUAUAUUCAGGCUUUGUGCUGUUCAUUCAAAAUAAAUAAAAUCUUAACCAUGUC